UAGUGACUGCUCUACAUCUGCCGUCAUCAACAGAGAAGUGGCAGCUGGGCCGGGAUGUGACAGAAUGAUAGGCCUGGGAAGCAGACAGAGAGCCCCUACACUGGAGCGUCUGGAGUCGGUGAUGAGCCAGUUCUCUGGCAGCCUGGAACAGUACGAUCUGCAGGAUGACACCGAUGACCUGGAGCUAAGCUGGUCAACCGACCAGUACGACGGGAAGCCAGAAGAAUUGAGAAAGAUCCCAUUCCACGCCAUUUACAGUUUUCUUUCGUUCAAGUCACUGGACUGCAGAGUUUUUCUUGACCAAGUCCCCAUCAUUGUUCGGGUGACCGAGGUGGAACGGUUUGCAUCCACAACACGGGUUUUCAAUCCCAACCUGUAUACGAUUGAACUGAGACAUGGGGACUUCAUAUGGAAAAUCAAACGCCGAUUUAAACACUUCCAGGCUCUUCACCAGGAGCUACUGAAGUUCAAAGCCCUUCUGAAGAUCCCUCUUCCAACACGCACUCACACAGUUCAGAGGAGGUCAUUCAAAAGUCAUAAGCAAGGAGGACAUAUCCCCACAUUACCACGGAGACCAGAUGCCUUGGUUAAAGAAGACCAACUGACCAGCAGAAAAAAGCAGCUUGAGGAUUAUCUAAAGAAUGUGCUGAAGAGAACCAUGUACAGGAGUCAUCCCGCAACGCUUGAGUUCCUGGAGGUGAGCCAAAUAUCAUUUAUUCAGGACCUUGGACCAAAAGGAAUUGAAGGGCUUAUCCUGAAGAAGUCUGGAGGGAACACAUUCCCAGUCUGCUACUGGUGUGGUUCCAACAGUGUCUGUUACCGCUGGUCAAAGAGAUGGCUGGUGGUGAAAGACUCAUUUGUUCUGUACAUGCGACCAGAGGAUGGGCAGGUUGGGACAGUAAUCCUCUAUGAUAAAGGAUUUCACAUCAAAACUGGAACGGAAGAGACAGGAGUUAGACAUGGACUAAACAUUGAGAACCUCUGCAGGGCGCUUACCAUCAAAUGCUCCACAUACAGGCAGGCUCGCUGGUGGGGUCAGUCCAUUCUGGAGUUUGUGCUGAAGUCCGGAAAAGAGUACUUAAAGGAAAACCGGCAUGGCUCUUUUGCACCUGUCAGAGAAAACACACUCGCUAAGUGGUUUGUUAAUGCAGCCGGUUAUUUUGACGCUAUUGCAGACGCCUUGGAAGGUGCAAAAGAGGAGAUAUUUAUCACAGGCUGGUGGUUAAGUCCAGAGAUCUUCCUCAAAAGGCCAGUGGUGGAUGGAAACACUUGGAGAUUAGACUACGUCCUGAAGCGAAAAGCUGAACAAGGAGUGAAAAUAUGUGUUCUGCUUUACAAGGAGGUAGAAGUUGUCCUCGGCCUCAACAGCGAAUACACCAAGAAAACUCUCAUGGGGCUCCACUCAAACAUCAAGGUCAUUCGACAUCCUGACCAUGUCCCAUCCACUGCUUUGCUGUGGGCACACCACGAGAAGACAGUGGUGAUUGACCAAUCACUGGCCUUCCUUGGGGGCAUUGAUCUGGCCUAUGGGAGAUGGGACGACUGCCGACACAGGCUGACUGACGUGGGGAGCGUCAGGAGGAGUCCCCAGCCAAGCCCUGCCCUCUCUCCAAAUUUGACCAGGCAGUCUGCAGUGAUACCGGUGGAAGAGCAAGACAGGAAGGAGGAUGAGGUGACAGGACAAAGAGGCAGAGAUAUCCUGCGGGGCCCUGAGGGGGGAGAGGCCUGGGACAGGAGCAGGGCAAGUGAAAGAGGCAGCUUGGGACAGCAAGUGGUGAACUGUGCUGGAGUCCUUCCCAGCAGCAGGCUUCUGACCACACGUACAGAGGUGGACUUCAACUACUGUGCAGAGUCCAAACAGAACAGCAGCAGGAACAGCCUCAAUUCCAGGACCUUCCAGCAUAGGGAGUGGCAGAACUGCAGCCCUGCCCUUCAUUCCGAUGAGUCCAGAACCUUCCGCACCCAUAAUUCGCUCCCAUUGCCUCAUGAGACCAGCUCUCUGGGAAGCUACAGAAGCAACAAUGAACUCUAUGGAGAAGCACGGUUCUGGCAUGGAAAGGACUACUGCAACUUUAUCCUGAAAGACUGGGUGAAACUGAACAAGCCCUUUGAUGACUUUAUCGACCGGUACAAAACCCCAAGAAUGCCAUGGCACGACAUUGGUGUGGCUGUACAGGGCAAAGCUGCCCGCGAUAUUGCCAGACAUUUCAUUCAGAGGUGGAAUUUCACAAAACUGGUGAAGAAACGGUCGGGGGCGAUGUGUUAUCCCUGCUUACUACCAAAAUCACUUAGCACACCCACAGAAGUACCCUCAGAUGUGGGAAAGCACACACUGGCCAACGUGCAGGUCCUGAGAUCGGUUUGCCAGUGGUCCAUAGGGUCAAAGGUUCACGAGGAGUCAAUUCACCUGGCAUAUAUCUCUGCAAUCCAGAACAGCAAGCAUUUCAUCUACAUUGAGAAUCAGUUUUUCAUCAGCUGCGAUGACAAAACAAUCCACAACACCAUCGGGGACACCCUCACAGAGAGAAUAAUAAGAGCCUACAGAGAAAAGAAGAAAUUCAGAGUGUAUGUGGUGAUGCCUCUUUUGCCUGGAUUUGAAGGAGACAUCUCCUCUGGAGGGGGCCAAGCCAUCAAAGCAAUAAUGUACUUUAAUUACAGGACAAUGUGCCGGGGUGAGCACUCCAUCAUUCAGAGACUCAAAUGUGUGAUGGCCGACUGCUGGAUAAACUACAUCUCCUUCUGUGGCCUGCGGACUCACGCCGAUCUGGACGGGAAACUGGUCACUGAACUCAUCUAUGUCCACAGCAAGCUGAUGAUUGUGGAUGACCAGACAGUCAUCAUCGGCUCUGCUAACAUCAAUGACAGGAGCAUGCUGGGAAAGCGGGACAGUGAGAUAGCGGUGGUGGUGGAAGACUCCGAGCUCCAGCCUUCAGUGAUGGAUGGGGAAACGUACCAGGCCGGGAGAUUUGCACGCAGUCUAAGGGAAAAGUGCUUCAGGCUAGUCCUUGGACAGCUGGAUGACCACAGUGUAGAUGUCAGUGACCCGAUCAGUGACAAGUUCUACAAGGACAUCUGGAUGGUGACAGCAGCAAAGAACGCUAGUGUGUACGACAAGGUCUUCCGGUGCCUGCCAACCGAUGCUGUCCUGAACUACAAAAUUCUACGGGAGUAUGUGUCGCACCCCUGCCUGGCCACAGAAGACCCUGCUCAGGCCUGUGAGGAGCUGAGGAAGGUGCAUGGCUUCCUAGUCCAGUUCCCCUUCUACUUCCUGUCAGAGGAGAACCUUUUCCCAUCCUUCAACUCCAAGGAAGGCAUGAUGCCUAUUGAGCUGUGGACAUAGUGAACAAAAAACUAGCAAAGCCUUCUUCUCUAGGUACUAUGGAUUCUAAUGAAGCUGAACACAAUUCUUUCUGACUUGUAUAUUUUUUAUAGAACAUUUGAGAUGAUAUUUUGGAUAUGUUCUUGAUAUCUACCUCUUUAACCACUUGGGAAAGAAAUUUGCAUUUACAGUGCGGUGCAAAGAUUUGGGCACCCCUGUUUUAAAUGUCUGUUGCAAUGAAUCUGAAUGUGAUCAAAAGCAAACGUGAACUCUAAAUGGUUCAAAAUUAUUUAAUUCCAGACUUUCUGCAAAUUUGAAAGCAAGAUUGCUUUUGAUCCUUUUGGAUUAUUUAAAAAAAAAGAUGAUUACUUAGGCCCAGACCCAGGUGAUUUACUUGUUAGGGCUUCAAUUAAUCAGGUGAGUAUAAUUCCAGGGCUGAACGUUUUAUUAUAAAUUAACUCCAUACCUUCUAAAGUAUCCAACAUCCAGGCUGUUCUGUCUGGUGUUAACAACCAUGGGUUCCUCUAAACAGUUGUCAAUUUCAUAAAGAGAAUGGUUCAUUUCCACCAAGAAGGAGCAGGCUACACACUCAAUGUUUCCAACUACCUAUUUCCACUGUCAGAAACAUUAGAAAAUUGAAGAUAAAUGGAAGUCAAGGCAAGGGCUGGAAGACCAAUAAAGAUUUCAGAUAGAAUGGCCAGAGACCUGGUGAGAAAUGCUCAGAAGAACCCACACAUCACUGCAAAAGAGCUGCAAAAAAGAGUAGCAAUCCCUGGUUUAGCUGUUCACGGGACAACAAUACACUAUACUGUAGACAACAAAUACCUGCAUGGCAGAGUUGCCAGAAAGAACAAUCACAACACAAAAUUAAGCGUCUGAAGUAUGCAAAAAAGCAUUGAGAAGCCUGAAGCCUUUUGGAACAAUGUGCUUUGGACUGACAAAACCAAAACUUUUUGGCCACCACCAAAGAAAGUAUGUUUGGAGAAAAGAGGGUGAAGCCUUUUUGGUGAAAAACACUUGGCAACUGUGAAGCAUGGAGGUGGAUCCAUUAUGAUUUGGGUUUGUGUGGCAGCUGGGGGCACAGGAAAUAUUGUGCGAGUGGACGGAAGGAUGGAUUCCACCAAAUAACAAGAAAUUCUAGAGGCUAAACUUCAAAGGUCAGUCCAGACAUUGAAGUUGACGAGAGCUUGGGUAUUCCAGCAAUGAUCUUUGAUCCAAAGCAUACCACAAAAUCAACCUUGAAGUACCUACAGGAAGCAUUUAAAAGCUGUUUAUAGUUGCCUGAGGAGGAUUUUCAGAGUACUGACUGACAGGGUUCCCAAACUUUUUCCUUUUUUUUUUACUGUAAAAAAUAAAUCUUGCUUUAAAAUUUGAAGAAAUGUGUCAUGUUUAACAUUCAGAGGUCAGGUUCACUUCUGUUCAUUUACAUAUUAAUUGGAAAAGGCUUUUUGACUAGGGGUGCCCUAAUUUUAGAAAAUAUGAAAAUUCAUUGGAAUAAAUUAAUGUAACAUCACAUUGGAGACUUUCGCUACACUUUGUUAUCAUUUCUUUUUUAUUGGUAUUAUUUUU